GCGGGCUUCCAGUACAACAAAGCCUGGGUUUUACCUCACGGACGGCUCCCGCGGCAGCCCCCACAGGAGAGAGCGACGGCGGCGUCGCUGCUCUCGCCGCCGGGAGCUGCCCCGCUCCUCUCCACAGUGGAAAGUGGCAUGGAGGGACGGAGGGUGAGGGGGGGUCCCUGCCGCCCGCAGGGGGCUCGGCGGACUCGGCUGUGCAGCCCUCGCCCGAGGCGCGGAGGGGGCUCCUCUCUCGAGGAAUCUCCCCUCCCGAGCCUGGAGGGCGGCGAUCGCGCCUUCGCCCCUCCGGGGCGCUGCGUGAGGGUGAGGGAGGCCGCCACCCGCUGUCCCUCUCCUUCCCUCCGCCGCCCCGCCCCGGGCACGCAGGUGUUGGACGGGGGUGGGCUGUCCGCUUUGCCAUGGCGGGGGCCGCGAAGGACACCGCGGAGCGCCCGGCGGAGGAGGAGGCAGGUGGGGUACCAUGGGUGGCAGGAGAGGUGCGGGCGGGAGGGGUUCACCCUCCUCGGGAAGCCUCAUCAACGCCGAACUUCCAGACCAGCUGUGCGAGUGAGAGGGUAUCUAAAUGCUUCCUCUGCGGACUCGGUGCUUGCCGAGGCAGGAGUGGAGAGGCAGGAAUACAGGCUCUCAAUUUGCAGCAAAUUAUGCUAUGCAAUAGGAGGUGCCCCAAAUCAAGUGGCAGGGAGUGCUGCUGCUUUCUUCCUACAGAUCUACCUGCUAGAUAUAGCCCAUAUUACUCCAUUUCAUGCCUCUUUGGUGCUGUUCGUUGGCAAAGCCUCAGGUGCAGUUACUGAUCCUGUUGCUGGCUUUUUUAUUAGCAAAAGUAGAUGGACAAAAGUUGGCCGGCUCAUGCCUUGGAUGCUGGCAUGUACACCCUUCACAGUAGUGUCCUAUUUUUUUAUGUGGUACCUGCCUCCUUUUGUAUCGGGAAGAGUUGCAUGGUACCUGACUUUCUACUGCCUUUUCCAGGCACUGACCACAUUAUUCCAAGUACCAUAUUCUGCCCUCACCAUGUUUCUCAGCACAGACCAGAAGGAGAGAGAUUCUGCAACAGCAUACCGAAUGACCAUGGAAGUGCUUGGGACCUUGAUUGGAGCUGCACUUCAGGGGCAGAUUGUGGCCAGUGCUCAUUUGUCUCACCACUGCACUGUGAAUCCCCCAGUAAACACAACCGACACCUGGCAUGACACUCCCAGCUUUCCAGACCCCACAGAUCCCCUGUCACAUCAAGCAAAAGUUUAUAUGAUUGCAGCAGGGGUCAUAGGAGGUGUGUAUCUUCUUGGAAUUGUCAUUCUUUUUCUUGGAGUAAAGGAAAAAGAUGAUCCUUAUGCCUUAAAUUCAGACAGAGCAAUUCCUUUUUGUAAGGGGCUUGGACUCACCAUGAAGCAUGGUCCAUAUGUGAAGCUUACAGCUUCAUUUCUUCUCAUCUCGACAGCAGUUCAGCUGGAGCAGAGCAACUUUGUCCUUUUCUGCACUCAUGCUGCUGAUCUUCGCAAUCACUUCCAGUAUUUGGUGGUGACCAUCUUGGUAUCAGCAGCUGUGAGUAUUCCCUUCUGGCAGAAGUUUCUGCAGCGAUUUGGCAAGAAGUGUGCAGCAUGUGGGAUUUCGUGGAUGAUUCCUUUUGCAGUCAUGCUAGUGACCAUUCCAAACCUGAUCCUGGCUUACUUAGUGGCAUUCGUCUCUGGUCUGAGCAUUGCAGCAUCUCUUCUGUUGCCAUGGUCAAUGCUGCCUGAUGUUGUUGAUAACUUUCGCCUGCAGAAUCCUCAUGGAAAAGGACAUGAAACCAUUUUCUAUUCUUCUUAUGUUUUCUUUACCAAGAUGUCAGCAGGAAUUGGCUUAGGAAUUUCUGCAGCAGGCCUGGAGUUUACUGGAUACAAGCCAGGGAUGUGCAGACAAUCCAACGAUGUGAUCCUCACACUGAAAAUCCUCAUUGGAGCGGUCCCUGCUAUCCUCAUCCUUGUAGGUUUAUUUAUACUUCUUUUCUACCCAAUCACUGAAGAAAGUCGGAAGGAAACAAAGCUUGCACUUGAAGUGUUAAGAAGGAGCCAUCAAAGCACAGAGAACCUGGAUGACCAUAAAGAGGACACUUCUGUCUGAAAGCUCUGAAUACAGGGACUUUCCAAAUACAGUCUUGCAUCCUAUACACAAACUCUGUGAGAGUCUUCUGGGACAUUUCUCUGCUCACAUUUUAUCAAAAAGGAUAAAGGAUCAUUCUCACAUAGUCAGUAAUGAAAUCAAGAGAGGACACCACCAUGCAAAAUAUAUAUCGAACUCCAUGCACUGUGCUAAAAAAGACAUUACAAAUGUUCAGGAACAUAAGCUAUUGAAGGGUUGGGGGUUUUUUGUUCGUUUUUCAAUGAUUAACAGAAGGCUGUGAUUUCAAUGCAACAGGAGAUUCUAGGGACUUGUAGAUCAAGGGAAAAAAGUGUAAAUGUGAUGCACAACCCAAACUUUAACUCAUGUGAUGUAUUUCACCCUUAGAGCCUGGGGUGGAUUUUGAACAAAAAGUCUACCUAUAAAUUGCACACUGUUGUGUCUGGUAAGCACUUGGGAAUCCUGAAGUAUGCUAUGCGAAGUUAGAAUUUACUUUGUUUUGAAAUGAAGCAAAUCGUUCAUGCAGGCAUGUUUUGAGGAUUUUCUCACACAGAGUUUUUUCUGAAAGAGAUUUUGAUGUAAUUUAACUUCAUAGUUUUUUAUAUGAAACAGACCUUUACAUUUCUCAUUACUGGAGUUCCUUGCUUCUGACACCUGUAAACUCAUCUUUGUCAGAGAAUGAGUACUUAACAUUUUCAAAAACAUAAUCUCCACUCAGGAUACCCCAAAUCAGUAGUCCCUUCCAAAAAUUAGACUAUGCCAUUCAAAUUUCUGUAAAUUUUGGCCUUUAAUCAUGAUACUCACCCAUUUCUCAUGUGGUGUAGGCUCUCUGCCUCACAAAACACCAUGGCAUGUGUGUUAAUCUCAGCUUGCACACAGUGUUUUAUAAUAAUGAGGCUACACCUGACUUUUAAAUGGUGAUUUUUUUUCAGUCAGGGAUGUGUCAUCAUGAUUUAGAUACAUUAACUGAAACCUCAUUUCUACUAUAGAUUGACAGUGCUGAACUCAUUUUGUAGGUGAAAGACACACCUAACCUCAGGCAGUUUCUGGAGCACUUAAGUUCAGACCUGGUCAUUCUGGGCUGCUUCUGUAGUCAGUGGAGAUACAGAGACCUCCAGAGGCUGGCUCCAAGCUUAAGCUAAAAUGACUGGACUCCGAAGACAUACCUAAAUCUGGAGGGGAGAGUGAUGAAUCCCAGAGUUGAAGGCUUGUUCACCUUGAAGAAAUUAGCACAAUGCAAGACAAGACACAGCCCACUGACUUCACCGCAUGAAUAUGUGGGAGGGUGCCUUUAUUUUAUACUGGAAGUGCCUUUGGAGGACUGGCUUGCCACUGUUAGGGAGCACUCGCCGUAGGUGUCACUGGAGGCAGUGACUACAAGUAAUUUGCUCAGGGCCAUCUGGGAAGUGACUCCAGUGCUGGGAAACUAGGAAAGCUUUUACUGAAAGACAUUGUGAAGUAAAAUCAGUGCAUCCAUUGAGUAUCUCAUCAAGUUUAAUACUGAAACCUUUUCAGGAAAGUUUGAAGUCUAAGGCCUAAUGAACUGUCCUAAUUCAGCAAAACACUUAAUCAUGAGUGAGCUUUUAGGGAUAUUUUGAAUGUGUGUAGGUAAGAGUUAACUGUGUUUAAGACUUCUGUUGAAUUGACACCUAAGGCUGGGGAUUUUUUGUUUCAGUUCUUGGACAAAUCAAGAUAUGUAUGCCUGGGGCAUAUGUGUUUACAACAAAAAAAACCCAAUUUUGAGCCUGAUGGAAUUUGAAAUAGUAGAUUUACUGCACUUUGAAGUAGGUAAGUUAUGUAGUAAUAUCACAUAGCUCCAAAACAUCAUAGAAAACAGUUUUGGGGGGUUGAUUUAUUCUGUGAUAUUUGCAUAUUUCUGAAUAGUCGUCUUUAAAAACAACCAGAAGUCCCAGUAAAGGCCGUUAGUGUUUUUUAAUGGGUUAUGUUUUCAGUUGUUAUAAAUCUGUAGCUACAAGGCAGUGGAUCCGUGUCAGUUUACAUAAGCCGAAUACUUAGCCCAGUGAUAAAAGGGUUGCAGAAACUGCUGGCUGUGGUUGAUUGGAGUAAUUUGAAUGUGGCUUAAGAUAUUAUUUCUAGAUCAGUUGUGCAGCUGCCUCUAAAUUGCACAACACUGAAUCUGAAUUCACUCUCUUGCAAGGUAAACUUAGUUGAUUAUAAACUGUUUUCCUCUUUCCAGAGAGACAAUGUGAUAUUUACCUAACAGAUGCAUUCAGUCCUUGCUUUGCAUAUGAUAGUAAUAAAGGGAACUGCCAAAAUCAAAUAGACAGCUUCUGUAGAUGAAAUGUGGCAGCGUAUUUUUAUAUUUUGAAAAUCUCAUUAUUUUAUUUGAUUAUCAGAGUUGUACUUUUGUUAAGAAAAUGAAUGUAUUUUUGUAAGUAGAAAGAAUGGAAGAGUAAGUGCAGGGUAAGAUUUUUUUUUUUUUUGUAAUUUUCUUUUUUUUAGGGCUCAGUGUUGGUGCUGUAAAAUGAAUGAACUUUUGUACGUCUCCUUGUCAGUUUUAAAUGAUGUGUAUGCCUUAAGUAUGUUCGGAACAUGUGACUGAAAGAAGCAGGUUCUUAUAUUGGCAACCAUUCAGAUUAAACGCUAAUCUAAUGUAAGCCUCCUGCCUUGCACUGACUGGCAGUAACCAGGGCCAGGUUCAAUCCCCAGGGGCUCUCAUCCAAGUAACACCCAAAUACAGUUGUAAGAAUAUGGGAGAGAUUGGGUUAAGCCAGCUGGGUGCGUAAUGGACAGCACUUCCCCACCUGCAUGCAAGCAGUUCCAACAAAUGGAUUUACACAAAUAGAGGAAGAAAAGGAUAACGGAGUUACGUGUCACUGGGUAGUCCCCCAUAAAGCAAGCCAUGCCCAUUCCUUGCCCUUGCUGAAGUAUAGUGAUGACAGCCCAAAUCUUCUAUACUGGGCUGAUUGCUGGUAUAGUCGGUAGCUGAGCUAGUCACUAGUCAUCUCUUCCAGCUUCAUCGCCCUUGUAGUUUCUGCCUAAAAAUAAUGUUGAAACCUUCCAAGGUUAUAUGGGCUUCCUGAGCAUUACUGCUGGUGGUCAGUCUAACCGUGGGUCACAGCUAACCGCGUAGGCAAGCCGCCGUUCCCCACCAGGCACUGAAGGAGGGGGUUGCUGUUAGCCACCGCCACCGCUACCAGCCGUGUCUCCUGCAACCGUGUUCUCCGGCCCUGCUGCACCCUGUCUGUCCCUGAGCCUGCUGACCUGCCACGGCUUAGGUGGAUUAGAUCGCUUGUGCUGAGUCCCCCAUUUUAAUAGGUGAAUACCACCUCGGGUGUCUGUCUCCGGGGAGUCCUUGAAGGCCGGGACCUUCGGUUUCAGGUCACUGGUUUUUCAGGAAGGGCUCUGUAGAUUUGAGAACUAAUUCCUUAAGUCACUUCUGCACCUUAUAAGCAUUGCUGCUAGAUUCAAUCCCUGCUGCAUCCUCUCAUCUCUAUUCACCUUCUGCAUUCCAAGUAACAUAGUUGAAGUGGACAAUGUUUAAAGCCAAACCCUGCUUUUUUGUGUUCAUAGUUUGUUGCCAAAUAUCACUUGUUCAUCUCCUUUUCUAUUUGCCUUUCUGGGCUGUAGAUAGAAAACUCAGACUUAAAUCAAUCUUCUUGAGAAGAGGAGUUUCCUUGAGGGAAACUCAGGUCAUUUAAGACCUGGUAUUUGUUGUCCAGCUCUUUGAAGAUGGAGAGGGCAAGUUAGUUCAAAGUCUCAUGCAGUAGGGUACAGCCAGUAGCAAUCUAGUGUAUAGGGGUCAAUCACAUACCUUGUAUGAAUUUCAUGUCAUAGUUAGGUAAAAAACAGUCUCAAAGUGCUACAAUAGAGUCUUUCCCUUCAGAAAACUUCUAGACUGAUGGAAACAUCAGUUAGAUUCAUACAACUAGCAGGUGAGGGAAGGAGUUGUCUGUUUUCCUGCAGUUUCAGAGAUCAGAAGUUCCUUGUACUGCACUGAAUGCUUUUUUUUCACCUUAACUCUCUGCAAGACCAUGGCUCAGAUACCUGGCAAGAGUGCUGAGUAUUAUGGUUACAAAAAUGUGUAUAUGUUAUAGGCUUAAAGUAUGAAAUCAGAUGGCUUUCACAUCAUUAAGCACCAAAUCUGCUGCAUAAAACAGAUGCUAUCUCCCUGGGAAGCUUCAUUCAAAAGACACAGUAGCAGCAUGUGUCGCUGUCCCUGAGGCACAGGAGGAGACUUUUUGCUAUGUUGCACCUGAGAAUAUACAGUCUCCGAAGACACAAACUGGCACGACACAGAGCUGAACAAAACAGAGGGAGAAUGGUGCUAGAGCCAUGGCACUCUGCAGAAAAGUUGGGUCCUCAACAUCAUUUCAGAGAUGAUUACAGAGCAGCAGUCUUUAACCUUAACUGGAGAGCAGCAGUGCUGUUGGAUGGUAGGGAAACAUGAAUGUUUGCUCUAGAAGUGUGGAAGCAGAAAUAAAUCGUAUUUCCUGAUCUAUUUCUUGUCCUGAAUGAUGUUAGACAAGACUAUGAACUUCAACUACGCCCUUCAGCUUUCUAUCCUCCUUUUUGCUGGACUCUGCUGUAGAUGGUGAGGAAGGAUUGCUCAGGCCCUAUGGAACUGACGGUCAUUUGCUCAGCUUCAUCGAUGGAGGUACGCUUUGGAGACCCAGCACCCAUCCCCUGCCCGCUCAUCUUUGCUGAUGUAUGUGGAAUCAUCUAUAUUCAGCAAAGGAUCAAAAGGAUUUCCUUUACACCUUAGUAUUCUCCAUCAUGGACUUCCAUUUCUGUUUUACCUGGAGGAUUUUUUCACCUGCCUAGGCCCAACACAGGCCGCCAGCUUGUCAUCAUGGUGAUGGAACCAGGUUUACACCGGCUGAGAAAUUUCUGUCCAAAUUGGCUGCAGCCCAUGAGGAAGUAUUUCCCUUGUGUUUCCAGAACAAACUCACCCCUUGGUCACCUUCAAAGUCAUCGAGAAGAAGCUGCACAUUUGCCACAUCCAGCUUGAUCAAUUCUGCCAGUGCUAGCCGUGUCAGAUUGUGAGUCUGAGUGCAUAGACGUACCCGCCGACAUCGGUGUGGGAUGAAUGCAGAACUGUAGCCACCUCCAGACCCCUGGCAAAGCCUCAGCUGUGCUGAGCUGGCCAGGCAGAGAGAAUGGGCAACUCCAGAAUUCCCAAAGUGACUUGUAGGGGUGAAAGAAGAGCCAUUAGAGAAGAAAGCUCCCUAAACCCACCCUGCAGUCCUCUCCUAAGGGCUCUUGGAUUGACAUCAAUGACCGGGGGGAAAGAUGUUGGAUGUGGAGACCAAAAUGCCACAUGCAGAGCAUCAGUUAACACUUUCUGGUUACCAGAUAUUCAUGCACUCAGCUUGUCCCUCCCUGAUUCCCUGCCUGAGCCCGUGUUCAUAGAAAAGCAGAUCAAUGGAAAAAAACAGCAACUUGACUCAAGAGAUGAUCAGAGACUGCAGCAAACAGGGCGGAAUUUCAGUGCUGGAGGAUUCCCAGGAACUGGACAGUCAGCAGAAGCAAUGCUAUAAAAGCUAAGAAGGAUGUAUCUUAAUUAUUCUGGCUGUGCAACUGAAAUAAUGAGGAGCUUGACAGAGGGCACAGUUAGAAAACAUGCUGGGAUGUCAGCCUUUCCCAUGUCAUAGCACAGAAGGGAAUGUGUUUUGGUCCUAGCACUGUGAGUACUGAUUGCAGGCUUGGUGUCUGCAGACGGUAAAAAGCCAAUUAGGAAGUGCCUGAUAGACCCGCUCUAAAUGAGGAGAACCAGUAGGCAAGUGCAGGGUGUAAUGCACAAGGAACUCACGCAAGAUACACAAAGGGUACCAGAGUUCAAUCUUUCUUUUCCUUCACCUUUCUUUUCAGACCCCACCAUGUCCUCCCUGUUUGCCAGCAGACAGUAUUGUACUUGUUGCCUACAGGGUGGAUCUGAGCAAGGAAACCGUACGAUAAAUCCAGGACUAAGACAUAUUGCAGGGCAGGCUGAGUUAAUCCAGAAAUUAAUUGAAACUGGACAUAGUUUUGGAGUAGUCAGUGGUGGCACUUGGUUAACACUGGUGUGCCUGUGGCCCCUGCUUGGGUGGUUGCUCAGGGUCCCCGGAGAGCCAGAUGUCCCUGGAGAAGUAAUAAAGACUAAUAGGAAAGAGGGAUUUGGAUCUCAUGGGACAAACUGGAGACAGAGUAGGCAACAGGUUUAAUUCAUCAAACCCAUUUUGUGUUAAGCAUAGACUGCUACUGGAAGAUGAUUCUUCCCACCACCAGCUGGGGUUGGAACCCACACUAUGCAAAAAAAAAAAAAAAAAAAAAAAGGAGCUGCUAGGGGUAAAGGGAGCACAGCACCUGCCCACGUUAGAAGAAACAGGAUGGAGGAAAAAAACCCUCGCUUUCCAACUUGUUCCUGUACCUCUCCACUUCUCCUCUUCACUUGUUUCAUUUGGAAAACUCACAGCUGGUAGCUGAGGAUGAAUGAUUUGAUUUGCACCUGAAGUGUAACACUCCCACUGGGGAUGACGCAAUGGAACAUGGUGGGACUUUGGCAGCAGAAGCUAUACUUGAUUUUUAAGGUUUCUGGCUUCAAGAAGCUUUGAUUUAUUUUUUUUUAUGUCUUUGAUGCCUGGUUGUGAGAAGCCAUUUACUUGGUGCUGUGUUCUAGCAUCCUGCCAAAUGGAAAAGCCAAGGAUCUUUGGACAAAAUGAUUUGUCAUCUACUGGUCUAUGUGGUGGUUGCCACUGGGCUUUGUGGCUUUUGGUUAGAGUAAUGGUGAUUGUGGACUGCCUCUGGAUUAAACAGUGACAAUUACUGAGAACAGAUGCUUGUUAUGUACAAGAUGAAGCCCACAAUUGCCAAAUUAUUUCACCUGUUUUCCUCCUCCCCUGUGCAACAAAAGCUGUUAACUUCUAGUUGCACCACCCAACACUGAGUGCUCUUUGCAGCUUUUGCUGAUGUUGUAUCUUUAGUAUUGGAUUUUGUGGACAGAUGAUUUUUUGACAGUGGCUAAAUUUCCAAAUAGGCAAUAAAAAAAGAGAUUAUAUUAGUCCUGAGACAGCAGCUCCAAUUCUAUAAUCUCAUCACUUGAUUCCUUCUCACGCAGUAAGCGCCACUGUGAAAGCCUGAUAAACUGCUUAAUGUUAUCAUGCUUUAAUUUUAUGCGUAGCAAUCUUGGAUUACUCUUUUCUUCAGUGCUGCAAUCCAUACUACAAAAACUUGUGCUGUUUUCCAAAUUUCACCUUUGCAUUUUCUCUCUCUCACUACAAAAGCCCAUAGAACAUUUUCUUCUGUCAGCCUUUAAAUUGGAUGUUCUCAAGGUGAUGGGUUAUCGGACUUCCCUUCUGCCUGUUCAGCACAUAUUAGCUAUGAAAAUUAAAAGAGAUGCAUUGAAGGCAAUGUUGUUAAUAUUAACAAUAUUGUUUCAAAGGGAAAAAUUUCAAUAUGAAGAGAUGUUUAGAAAUAUUAACUGGCAAAUGUUGUUAUUCAAAUGUAACUGAAGUCACUUUAUGCCUAUAACGAUGUACUGGGUCUGGCUGGGACGGAGUUAGCUUUCUUCAUAGCAGCCUGUACAGUGCUUUGGAUCUGUGACCACGACAGUGUUGAUGACCCACCGAUGUUUUGGCUGUUGCUGAGCAGCACUUGCACAGCAUCGGGGCCUUCUCUUUUUCCAGCUCUGCCCCACCAGCGAGCAGGCUCAGGGGGGGCACAAGGAGCUGGGAGGGGACACAGCUGGGACAUCUGACCCCCACUGACCAAAGGCAUAUCCCAGACCAUGUGACAUUGUGCUCAGCACAUGAAGUUGCAAGAAAGGAGAGGGCGGUCAGAGUUACGGCACUCAAACCCCAAGUAACCGUUAUACAUGCCGAAGCCUUGCUUCCCCACAAGCUGCUGAACAGCCGCCUGUCGAUGGGACGUACUGUGCAAACUCCUUAUUUCGCGUGACUUGCAAACACAGCUUGUUUUACCUAUUAAACUAUCUUUAUCUCAA